AUGAGGAUAGUUGGGGGAAGGCCGGCCGAGGAGGGGAAGUGGCCCUGGCAGGUGAGCCUGCAGACCCUCGGUAGACACAGGUGUGGAGGCUCCCUCAUCGCCCGACAGUGGGUGCUGACUGCGGCCCACUGCAUAAAGAGCCAUCUGGAGUAUAUAGUGAAGCUGGGAAGCAACAUGUUACAUGAUGACUCCAGAAAGACACUGCAGGUUCCAGUUCAAGAUAUCGUUUGCCAUCCCUUUUAUAGCUCUGAAACUUUGCGGCACGACAUUGCCCUUAUUUUACUGGCCUUCCCUGUGAACUAUUCCUCAUACAUCCAGCCUGUGUGCCUUUCUGAAAAGGCUUUCGAAGAGAAUACUGGGGAAGAGUGCUGGGUGACUGGAUGGGGCCGACUGGUACAAAACAGUGAGAGUGGCAGGCAGGAAGCUGAGCAGGGAGCAGCCUAA